CGCGUGGCUACUAGAUUUGAUACGCGUCCUGUCGCCCAGCCCAGUCAAUCUGCUCCGUCACUCUGUUCGCCGAUCCACUGUGGCUCUCGCACCUUUGCUUCUGGCACGCGGCUGCUGGUAAUCAGCGAUCAGCGUAGCUGAGAGGCGUGAUAGCGGGAGGUGAGGUGAGGUGGCCGGCGGUUGCUGCAGCUGCUGUAGAUAGGAGGGAGGGAGGGAAGGAAGGAGGGCAGCAAAAUAAUAAUGGCGGCAUCAUGUCAAUUCGCAAAAGAGGUGUGUGUGAAGACUCUCAACUCCUCCAUGCUCCAUGCAUCCGGUACCAACCGGCAGUGCCCCGAGCAGCUGGGAAGCAUCCGGCAAAGCAAGAUCGUGUCUCGACAGCAUGGAGCUCAGGGAGAGAGAGUGCAGUGCCGUGAUGCUAACAUAACCGACGUGGCCCAGAGGAAACACCUCCCUCACGGACCUCACGGACCUCAUGGACAGAGGAGAUUGAUGAUUCAAUUCUCUGGUAGUAUGCGAAAGAGCUCAGUGACAAGGGAGAGGAGAUCGAGGGUGGGUGCCCGACCACCACUUGAGAAAAAUGGUCGAUCGAGUUGGGUAGCAGGUAGGGCACUGAAAGAGGACGAUGCAGUCGCUGAGGUCUUUCGCGUAGGAGAGGAGAAUCAGGAGAUCAAGUCUGGCUGCGCCACAACGACAACGACAACGACUACCGAGUGUGGAAGACAAUCGGAAGCAGAUGGAGAUGGGGCAGACGGGCCGGGAAGGGUCGUGAGUGCAAGUGAUGGGCAGAGUGAGCGGGAAGAGAAGGAGGUGGUGGGAGAGGUGGUGGGUUAUCCCUUGCCGAAGCAAUUCAAUGUCGAUGAUGACUCUUCGUCGCCAAUGGCAACUCAAGGCUCGAACCGAACCAUCGCGCUGAUAUCGGCUGGGCUGUCUGCAGGGUUAUUUAUGGCCACUAGAUUGGCAGGUGCUGGGCCAGAUCUGUCGACGCUUGAGAAAUCCUCGCUGCCGUUUGAAUACGCUAUGUCGAAUGGACGUCCGACUAUGGUAGAAUUCUACGCUGACUGGUGUGAGGUGUGUAGGACCAUGGCCAAAGAUGUGUUUGCAAUAGAGGAGAAGUACAAGGACGAUGUCAAUUUCGUGAUGCUCAACAUAGAUAACGUGAAAUGGGCCGAAGAAGUCGACGAGUUUGGGGUUGAGGGUAUCCCCCAUUUUGCGUUUCUCGAUGGGAAUGGGGAUGAAGAAGGGGUGGUGGUGGGAAAACUUCCUCGGAAUAUUCUUGAGGAGAACGUCAUGGCCCUGGCUAGCAGAGCAUCGUCCAUACCCCACUCGCAAGUGAUUGGUCCUGUUUCUGACAUUUCAAACAAACCCACCUCAAGCAGAUCAACGGGGAGUGUCUCUCCAUUGAGUCAUGGAUCACCAUUCUAAGUGUGUGUGCUAGCUGGCUGGCUCAGCAAACAUGUUCUCUUAAAUUUGUAAUGUUUUUUGUAUGUAUAUUAAUUAGUAAAUAAUAAAUAUAUUA